CAUCGGCUUGAAGACUUUAUUUAUGGCCUAUCCCAAAACAUAACCAGAUUCUUCCUACAUUUUCAUUACUAGAACUACUCUUCCUGUCUUGUGCAGUGAUAUCACUAGUCGCAGCCCACAGGCCACAACCGUUUCCCACGUUGAUCAACACGGAGCAAGUGUUCGCUAUAGAUAAUUUUGCAAAGCACUAGCUUAACUCUCACGUAUCACUCAAUCGUGUCUAUACGUCGCCAAUUCGUCCCCCUUUGAGACCACAGCUGUAAGCAGUCUUCUGCGUGGAACCAGAACCAAUCCAACAGAUGCAAAAAAAAAAAACAAAAAUACAAAUAUGAAUGAAUAAAUAAUUAAAAAUUGAGCCGCGGAGACACGGAUUGACAGAAGAGUUGUGUUAGGCUGGAAAAAGAUGGGUCGGCGCGGCUGGUAAUUCGUAAACUCUGUUCAAGUGCCAAAGGGGUGGUGAGGACGAUGUCGAUACCGAAGGAGCCGGAACAAGUGAUUAGACAGAGAGACGGAUCGGUGCUGGGAAAAAGGACAAUCCUCAAAAGCGACCAUUUUCCUAGCUGCCAGAACAAACGCCUGUCUCCUCAGAUCGAUGGUGCUCCCAAUUACCGAAAGGCUGAUUCUCUGCAUGUUCAUGGUGUUGCUAUUCCAACUGUUGAUGGUAUCCGUAAUGUUCUUGAUCACAUUGGAGCUCAGGUGGAUGGGAAGCAAACUCGCUUUCUCUGGAUUAAUCUUCGUGAAGAACCGGUGGUAUACAUUAAUGGGCGCCCUUUUGUUUUGCGUGAAGUGGAGAGGCCGUUCUCUAACCUUGAAUAUACGGGCAUUAACAGGGUGAGGGUGGAGCAAAUGGAGGAUCGACUGAAAGAAGAUGUCCUGAUAGAGGCUGCAAGAUAUGGAAAUAAGAUCCUUGUAACUGAUGAACUCCCUGAUGGCCAGAUGGUAGAUCAAUGGGAACCUGUGACACAGGAUUUGGUGAAAACGCCAUUGGAGGUGUAUGAGGAGCUGCAAGCACAGGAGUACCUUGUUGACUAUGAGCGUGUUCCUAUAACAGAUGAAAAGUCACCCAAAGAGAUGGAUUUUGAUACUUUGGUUCAUAAAGUGGCUCAAGCUGAUAUAAAGACAGAAAUAGUGUUUAAUUGCCAAAUGGGACGCGGACGGACUACAACUGGAAUGGUGAUUGCUACAUUGGUUUAUCUUAACCGUAUAGGAGCCUCUGGAAUUCCAAGGACAAAUUCAAUUGGCAGAGUUUCCAGUUGUGGUGCCAAUGCUACUGAUAUUAUGCCCAACUCAGAGGAUGCAAUUCGUAGAGGAGAAUAUACAGUUAUUAGAAGCUUGAUUCGAGUUUUGGAGGGUGGCGUUGAAGGCAAAAAACAAGUGGAUAAAGUCAUUGACAGAUGUGCCUCAAUGCAGAACCUACGUGAAGCUAUUGCUACUUAUCGGAACAGCAUUUUGCGUCAGCCUGAUGAGAUGAAGAGGGAAGCAGCACUUUCCUUUUUUGUGGAGUACUUGGAAAGAUAUUACUUCCUUAUUUGUUUUGCUGUAUAUCUCCACACAGAACGAGAUGCACUUCACCCUAGAUCUUCUGGUUGGAGCAGUUUUACCGACUGGAUGAGAGCAAGGCCAGAGUUGUAUAGUAUACUUCGCAGGUUGCUGAGAAGAGACCCGAUGGGUGCACUAGGCUAUGCAAGCCUGAAACCUUCCCCAGCAAAUGAUGUGGAAUCUACCAAUGGCCGCCCUUCUGAGAUGGGCCAAGUUGCUGCUUUAAGGAGUGGAGAGGUUCUUGGAAGUCAAACUGUUCUUAAGAGUGACCAUUGUCCUGGUUGUCACCAUCCUAGUUUGCCAGAAAGGUUGGAGGGUGCUCCUAAUUUUAGAGAAAUUCCUGGAUUUCCUGUCUAUGGUGUUGCAAAUCCAACUGUAAGUGGGAUUCUAUCUGUCAUUCAAAGGAUUGGUAGUUCCAAAGAAGGUCGUCCAGUUUUUUGGCAUAACAUGAGAGAAGAACCUGUGAUCUACAUCAAUGGAAAGCCCUUUGUGCUCCGAGAGGUUGAAAGGCCCUAUAAAAAUAUGCUGGAAUAUACGGGAAUUGAUUGUGAAAGAGUAGAAAGAAUGGAAGCUCGAUUGAAAGAUGAUAUUAUGCGAGAAGCUGAACGUUAUCAUGGUGCUAUAAUGGUUAUUCAUGAGACUGCUGAUGGGCAAAUAUUUGAUUCUUGGGAGCAUGUGAGCUCUGAUUCAGUUCAGACCCCAUUAGAGGUCUUUAAGUGCCUGGAGGCUGAGGGUUUUCCCAUCAAGUAUGCUCGCAUUCCUAUUACUGAUGGCAAAGCUCCAAAAAGUUCUGACUUUGACACAUUGGCAUUGAAUAUUGCAUCUGCUUCCAAGUAUACGGCGCUUGUCUUUAAUUGUCAGAUGGGGAUAGGAAGGACAACCACCGGAACUGUAAUUGCUUGCCUUUUAAAACUGCGCAUUGACUAUGGAAGACCAAUCAGAGUAUUAAAUGAUGCAUUGCAUGAGGAAUUAAGUGGUGAUAUUUCAAGUGGUGAUGAAAGUGAUGGUCAUGUUCCUCCAUAUGCACCACUUAUUUUAAAAACAAGGCCUAAGAAAGAUUCAAGUCAUGAAUUUGGGAUAAAUGACAUCCUGCUGUUGUGGAAAAUAACAAGGCUGUUUGACAAUGGGGUGGAAUGCCGAGAGGCCUUGGAUGCUAUUAUUGAUAGAUGUUCAGCUCUGCAGAAUAUACGCCAAGCUGUCUUGCAGUACAGAAGAUUGUUUAACCAGCAGCGCACUGAGCCUAGAGAAAGGAGGGUGGCACUGAAUCGUGGUGCUGAGUAUCUAGAGCGCUAUUUUCGUUUGAUUGCUUUUGCAGCGUAUCUUGGGAGUGACGCAUUUGAUGGAUUCUGUGGGCAAGGAGAAUCAAUGACAACAUUUAAGCAUUGGUUGCACCAGAGGCCAGAGGUUCAAGCUAUGAAGUGGUCUAUUAGGUUGAGGCCUGGCCGUUUCUUUACUAUUCCCGAGGAACUAAGAACUCCACAUGAGUUGAAACAUGGAGAUGCUGUCAUGGAGGCCAUUGUAAAAGAUCGUAAUGGUUCUGUUCUAGGAAAAGGGUCUAUUCUUAAGAUGUACUUCUUUCCUGGUCAGAGAACUUCAAGUCACAUUCAAAUUCAUGGUGCGCCUCAUGUUUACAAGGUGGAUAAGUAUCAUGUGUAUAGCAUGGCAACUCCUACAAUUGUUGGUGCCAAGGAGAUGUUAACUUACUUAGGUGCAAAGCCUGGGAUAGAAGGAAAUGCUGCUGACAGAGUGGUUUUAACAGAUCUCAGGGAAGAAGCUGUGGUUUAUAUCAAUGGUACUCCUUUUGUGCUUAGAGAACUGAAUAAGCCUGUUGAUGCCCUCAAGCAUGUUGGAAUUACUGGUUCAUUGGUGGAACACAUGGAGGCAAGACUAAAAGAAGAUAUUAUUUCCGAAAUAAAGCAGUCUGGUGGCCGGAUGCUUUUACACCGUGAAGAAUAUAAUCCAACACUGAACCAAGUCAGUAUUGUAGGGUAUUGGGAGAAUAUUUUUGUAGAUGAUGUGAAGACUCCUACUGAGGUAUAUGCUAGUUUGAAGAAAGAAGGAUAUAAUAUAACCUAUCAGAGGAUACCUUUAACUAGAGAAAGAGAAGCUCUGGCUUCUGAUGUCGAUGCUAUCCAAUAUCGUAAGGAUGACUCAGCAGGGUCCUACCUUUUUGUAUCCCACACAGGAUUUGGAGGGAUUGCGUAUGCAAUGGCUAUCAUUUGUCUCCGACUUGAUGCAGAAGCAAAAAUAGCAUCAGAUAUGACCAGUUCAUUGGUUGAUGAGGAAACAUGCAAAAUGGGAUAUUAUCGAGACAUAUUAAGCCUAACUAGAGUUCUUGUGCAUGGUCCGGAGAGCAAGGUAGAUGUAGACAAUGUUAUAGAAAGGUGUGCUGGUGCUGGACAUUUAAGAGAAGAUAUAAUUUACUUCACGAAAGAACUUAAAAAGUUCCCCGAUGAUGAUGAUGAUGAACACCGAGCAUAUCUCAUGGAUAUGGGAAUUAGAGCUCUAAGGCGGUAUUUUUUUCUGAUCACAUUUAGAUCCUAUCUGUACUGCACAUCUGCUAGUGAGAUGAAAUUUACUGAAUGGAUGGAUGCCAGACCUGAACUUGGUCAUCUUUGUAACAACCUUAGAAUUGACACGUGAAGCAAAUGUAUGCUCAUCAAAGAUAUAAUGUAAAAGAAGUCUCGCCAUCUGUUACGCACGUGCACAGAACAUUAAACCUUGUCUACAUCAAUCAAUGGUGUGGGCAAAUAUAAUGUUUCAAUCCUUGCAUAUAAACAAGGAACCUGGUAAGUUAUUUGCACUAUGCAAUCAAUUAAAGCAAGAAGCUGCAGACCAAGGGUGCUACUGAAAGUUCUCAGCAAGCAUGUGUGGCCACAUUGCGAUAAUUAGCCUUUUUGUGUAUAAUGUCUGUUAUUUCUGUCCUUUUUUCUUCUUUUUAUAAUUCUUUGUUUUUUGGAUUGGUUUACGCAAGAGAAGUGGACUUGGCUGCCUAGUAUCAACCAAUCACAGUUCUCAACUCUAAUUACUAGCGCUGUAUUUAUGAACAUGACUUUCUCGUUAGAUAUGAAUAUUUUACAGAAUUAGUGCAACUCUUUGAUCUAUAA